GCCAGUAAAUACCAGACGCUUGCCGGCAGCGCAUGGAGGUUACGUUUACUAAAUGUUUCUAAAUUAUGAUGGAAAUGUCGAGUCGACAGCAAUUGUAUCCGACAAUUACUAACAGCAUAAACGAGGAGGCGGACUCUGAGAGUCGAACAUGCGGCAAGAUCCUGGUGUUCCUGUCGUGGGUGCUGGUCUGCUUGACUAUGCCGUUUUCGCUCUUCAUCUGCUUCAAGGUGGUACAAGAGUACGAACGGGCUGUCAUCUUUCGGUUGGGCCGGCUUCUAUCAGGAGGGGCGAAAGGGCCAGGGAUCUUCUUCAUUUUGCCCUGCAUUGACACCUACGCCCGUGUGGAUCUCAGAACCAGGACAUAUGAUAUCCCGCCCCAAGAGGUCCUAACCAAAGAUUCAGUAACCGUAUCGGUGGAUGCUGUGGUUUACUAUCGUGUCCACAAUGCUACCAUAUCUAUAGCAAAUGUGGAAAACGCACACCACUCGACUCGGCUCCUCGCUCAGACAACCCUCCGCAACACUAUGGGGACACGCCCGCUCCAUGAGAUCUUAAGCGAACGUGAGACCAUCUCAGGCACCAUGCAGCUCUCGCUUGAUGAGGCCACUGAGGCCUGGGGCAUCAAGGUGGAACGCGUCGAAAUCAAAGACGUGCGUCUGCCGGUGCAGCUCCAACGCGCUAUGGCCGCUGAAGCUGAGGCUGCGAGGGAAGCUAGGGCCAAAGUUAUAGCCGCGGAGGGAGAGCAAAAGGCCUCAAGGGCCCUCCGGGAGGCCUCUGAGGUCAUUGGAGACAGUCCUGCCGCACUACAACUGCGGUAUCUACAGACUCUGAACACCAUUUCCGCUGAGAAAAAUUCCACCAUCGUUUUUCCCUUACCAAUAGACAUGAUAACUUAUUUUCUUAGGGCUAAAGAAGACGCUCAAAGUAAUCUAUGAAUAUUUGACCUUGAUUUGCUAAACGGUAUUCUAAUUUAACUUAAAAAAAUUAGUUAAUACGAUUUAAUUUUUGUUUAAAAAUCUCUAGCAUAUAUUCCAGGUUCUUACUAGAAAAUGUAGAAUCGUAGAAAAAUAUUUAAUCGCGUAUAGUCUUAGACGAUUUAUUAUAAAAAAAAAACUCACCUAUUAAUUUUAUUAUAUUUACAUAUAUAAUGAUUUUAGAUUUAAAUUUAGAAAUAACUUGUUAUUUAAGGGCUUAGUUGUAAUUCAAUUAAUAAUUAAUAGUUAUAUUACUAUUAAAUAACUAGUGACAAAAAAAAAUUUAAAAAAUACAAAAAAAAUAUGGGGCCCGUUAGGUUUAAGAUCCGGAUGCACAUUUACGUUUGAAGAUGCGUUGGAACAAAAUCAUUGUUGACUGGUGAUCUCGAGAGAACUGGCCUAAUAGCCGAAGUCUACUGAGAGAAUAAAAAACUCAAUGUAUGAGUUUUGUACAUUUUGAUGAAACCAUCUCAAUGUCAUACUCACCCAUUGAGUUCACUAUUUUCUCGAUCGAUUAGCGCUAAGCAGCCAUUUGGCUUACUGUACUAUGCCUACACGAUCUCUUAAUUUCCAUGAUCCCAGAUCCAUUAAAAUCUAUUGAUACGCAUCGGAUAACACAAAUGUAUAUUUUCAGUACCAAUCAUAUUUACAGUUACAAUGCAUUUACGGACGACGACAAUGUCGUUUCUGAAGGUGUUUGUAACUGAACUGGUAUAUUCACAAGAAAAGCAAUAGGUCAAUCUGGACUCAAUACACAUUUUAAAUAUGAUUUCUAAACUAUACAUUUUGACUAUUUUUCGCCAGCCAUUCGGUUUCUAAAUCCAUGAUUUACAGCGUCUUAGCUUUUGAGCAAUUUAUUUAAUAAUCCAUCAUUCUGUUAGUCCGUACUUAAAUAACUUAGAAUUUUAGUAAAUUUAAUAUAGAUAACAAAAAAAAACGGAUAUCCGUUAGUUCAUCACAUGGCUGUGCAAAGAUUAUUUACAAUAAUUUCUGUAGUAUGCUUCAAAUGGUUGAAAUACCACUAUAAUCAAUUAUUCAAUAGGUACUUAGUUAUAAUCAGAACGCAGGUCACCUUUAGAGGUGUUGGGGAGAGCCCCCCCAUUGGCCCGUAGCUACCGAUUGCUCCUGGGAGAAACGCCGUUCUUCAUCUCCAGCUUGCCUUAAUUGGCCGUCUGGAGCGAAAAAUGGAGAGACGAUAGGGUCUCCCACCUCUGGCUUGCCUUCAUUAGCUUCCAGAGUGGAGAAACAAGAGCCGUGCGGGUUGCACAUCAGUGCUCUUGCUAGGACCGACUAAAGGCAUAAUUAUAAUAACUAAUAUAAUCAGUAGACAUUAUUAGUUGAUGUUGAUUAUUACUUAUAAUAUUUAUCCAUAACAGUUAGUUCGACGGUAGACUUAUAUGUAGUAAGAAUACAUUGCGUUUGUAAGGGUGCUAAACUGUGAAAGAGCAAUGGGAAGUACAAUUUACGCAGAAUGCGAACAGAUAAGACUGAUUGCAGUCUAUCCUAUUCGGUGAAAGGAAAAAAAUAUUAAAAAUGUACAAAAAAAAGGUUUGAUUUGUUGUUGGAUAACGGUUAAGAAAGUUUAAUGGAUGGACUGCAAUUGCUCUGCUGUCGUGUGUAUUUUUAUAGAAAGAAAGGUUAUUACAGUGACUGGCGUACAGGUAUGAGCCUUAAUACCUACCGUGAUGUCGUCACUGUAAUAAUCAUACUAGUGUACCUACUAACAUUGUCCAUCCAUGUUGUCGUUACAAAUUGCUGUUAAAAUUUUUACUGGUCGAAUUAUGUUCAAAAAGGAAAAAAAAAUACGUAAAAUUAAUCGAAAAGCACAAAAAUAAACUAAAAAAGAAAUAAUAAAAAAUAUAAAAAAAAUUGAAAAAUAUAUAAAAAGAAUACAAAAAAAUACGUAAAGUAACGAGUAGAUAAAAAAAAUAUGCGAAAAACACAAAAAAAAUAAUAAAAAAGUAUAUAAAAUAUCCAAAAAAAUACGCAACGUAGAAGUAGGUAACAAGAUGAAAUUAGAAACAUUAAAGAUACAUAAUUCGAUCAGCAAAAGUUUGUUAAUAGAGUUUAUAAAAAUUUAAUGCAGUUAUUUUCAUAAAAUACAGUUAUUUACAUAUAAUGCAGAUAUUUACAAAAAUACAGAUAUUUACAAAAAUACAAUUAUUUACAAAAAUACAGAUAUUUACAAAAAAUACAAUUAUUUACAAAAAAACAGUUAUUUACUUAAAAUGCAGAUAUUUACAUGAAAUGCUGUUAUUGAAACCAAAUAUUUUUGUAUCCAUAUUUGCGGAUUGAAAAUCGAUUCACAUGUUACGAGAAAACCAGCUAUUUGAUUGCGAUCAGAAAAAGUUAGCUAGCAAAAAAAUAUAUAAAAAUGUACAAAAAAAUUGUUACUUACUCGACGCAAUCAAAUAGCUUUGGUAUAAUUAUGGUGACGUGCCGUAUAUUUACAUCGAUUAUAUAAGAAAUGCUACAUUAUUAAGAAGACAAAUUAUUUUGCGAGAAUACAAUUUGGAACGCUUUUAUAAAUGAAAUCUCUCCAAUACACGUAAAUUACGUAUUGAACUUGUAUUUAUUUAACAUCUUAAUUGGAAAAUAUUUUAUAAAAGCGUUCUAUACUUGCAUUGUUUAUUAGUUAUUACAUAACGCUUAGUGAAAUGGAAUCUGUCCGUGCGUAAACAAGGGAGAAAACAAAGAGGGAUUAUGCAAUCGAACUCUUCUAAUCGAAGGUGGCUCACUUUCGCUUGUAUUUUUCUAGAACUGAUGUAUUUCUACGAAGUAUAUUUUUACACUAAGAUUAAUUUAGAUCAUAAAAAAUAGUUCGUAUAUUCCAGAUUUUAUUGUAGUCAAAAUAUUUAAUCAUUAAUUGUAGCAAAAUGUUUAAUCAAUAAUUGUAGCAAAAUGUUUAAUCAAUAGUUGUAAUAACAUAUUUAAUCGCAUUAUAAUCAAAUUGUAAUCAAAUAUUUAAUCUCUUUAUCAAUAAAUAACGGGCCCUAAA